GUGAAGGAAGUGACUCCUGCAGCUGAACAUAGGUGGUGUGCCAGGCAUAUUUAUGCCAACUGGAGUAAGAAGUGGAGAGGAGAGGAGUUAUAGAAGCGGUUUUGGACUACUGCAUGGAGCUCAUUUCAGCAAGAGUACAAGUUGAAUUUGGCCAAGAUUUCAGCUAUAAACAAGAAGGCAGCCGAGGAUCUACUCCACUAUCCUACUGAAAGAUGGUGCAGAGCCUAUCAAAGCACAAGGUGUUCAACCUACAUGGUGGAUAAUAACAUCAGUGAGUCUUUCAAUUCAAGUAUUUCUGAUGCUAGACAUAAGCCAAUAAUUUAAAUGCUAGAGGAGAUUAGGAUGUUGGUAAUGAGUAGGAUAAGGGAUAGGAAAGUGCUUGCUGAUCACUGGAAGAGUGAAUGGUGCCCUAAUGCAAUUAAACUGUUUGAGGCAAAUAAGGCAGCUAGUAUAGAUUGUAAUGUUCUUUGGAAUGGUGACUAUGGCUAUGAGGUGAAGGAGGGAGAUGGCAAGCACAUAGUAUUUAUAGAUACUAAGAAGUGCAGUUGUAGGAUGUGGGAUUUGAGUGGCAUCCCAUGCCCUCAUGCCAUAGCUGCCUUUCACUCAAGCCAGUUGGACCCUAUGUUUGUGAUGAGUAAAUGGUACCAUAGCUCGAUGUAUAGGAAAGCUUAUGAGAAUGCUAUACAGCCAAUACCUGGGAAGAAACUUUGGGAUUAUCAGUUUAAAGAUUGCAUUGAAGCUCCACCAGUUGAGAAAAAGAUAGGGAGGUCCAAGAAGAACAGGGUAAGAGCUCCAAAUGAGCCCAGAUUGAAACACAAAUUGUCAAGGAUUGGUAAAACACAACACUGCAGCAUUUGUGGAAGUGCAACCCACAAGAAACAUAACUGCCCUAACAGGCCUACACAGGCUUCAACAUCCACAAACAUUGGCAAGAAGCAGAAAGGUCAAGUUAGGGGAAUUGGUCUAUAUGUCAAGAUGGAGACAGGAAAGCAGAUUAUAAAUCUUGGAGGAUCACAACCAAUUGUGAUCAAUGAAGGCACACAAAAUGAAGCAGAUCCAUUUACAAGGUUCCCAAUACCAAACGAAACAGAGAUAAAGAAGCAAAAGAGAAAGAGAGGUGAAGGCAGCUCCACUGGAGACACAGUGCAGGGAAAGAAACAACCAACAAAACCAUUCAAAGCUCCAAGAGUGCAGACAGUGGCUGUGGAGCAACAACAAGUCCUCAGAAGGAGUCCAAGAGAAAAGAAUGUUAUCUCAACUAUUGGCUCAACAACCACUAGUUGA